CUGAUGCUGAUGCUGUGAAUUUGAUUGACGCGAACAUGUCGGUGUGAUGGGGGAGCGCCGGGAUGCAGCUGAUGAUGGUCCAGAAGGGGAAUACGUGCAGUCAAAUCAGACGUUAUCGUUAAGAAAUAUCACCUAACGUUCUCCUUUAUCAUCUAUAACAAAGAUGUCUGAAUUUGUGUUGCAUUUCACACGCGCGCAAUGGAUCUAGCUGAUGCCACCGCAGCGAGGAUCUGAUUUGUAUUUUUUCCUUCCUUCCUUCAAUAUCUGUGUAUUAUGGUAGAGUCAAGCCGGAGCAUCAAACAUAAACUGUGCAACCCUGAUGACAACACCGUCAGGAAAUCAGGAUAUCAACAAUGGAAUCGCCUUACACGUAGAGUCUAGUUUUUCGUGAUCACACACACACCAUUAUUAGUGCUUUCACGAACGCACUAUCCAAGUGUUGUCUAAUCUGAUUGAGCGAGAAAAGUAGCCUGCACUUAAGAGACGGACCACUGCUCGCAAAUUAUGGACGAGGAGAAUAUGACCAAAAGCGACGAGCAUCAUCUGAGUUUGCAAAAAGCCUUGCAGCAGUGCGAACUGGUGCAAAACAUGAUAGACAUUAGUAUCUCCAGCUUGGAAGGUCUGAGGACCAAAUGUGCCACAUCCAACGACUUGACACAAAAAGAAAUCCGAACACUGGAGGGUAAACUGGUGAAGUAUUUUAGUCGGCAGCUCUCUUACAAGCAUAAAGUGUCCUUACAGGAGCAGAAUGUGGAGUUGGAUGGAUUCCCGCGGCUGGGACACUGGUUCCGCAUUGUUAACAUGAGGAAGGAGGUUAUUGAGGAGAUCUCUCCAGGUGAGCUGACUCUGGAGACUCUGUUGGAGAUGUCGGAUGAGCAGGUGUGUGAGGCGCUGCAGAAGUUUGGAGCGAGUGAUGAAGAAUGUGCUCGGCUCAAUGCCUCGCUCACAUGUCUACGAUCAGCCCACAAAUCAGAACAACUUGAGGAUGACAAAUUACACAGUAAUGGAGGAUCCAAGCAGGACUGGUCCAUUCAGUGGCCCACGUCCGAGUCGGGUAAAGAGAACACCCCAGUGGGGCCGUCAGACCCCAGUCAGUGGGUCCGUCUCCAGCUCUCCCAGAGCCCCAAAUUGCACUCGCGCUACAGCCAGCACUUGUGCCAGAGUCCCCAGGCCCUGGUGCCCCCCUUCUAUUCCCCUCACCCGCAUUCGGACCGGCUGACCGUGGACCCUCACUCCGGCCUCUUCCCCUCGCCUCUGGAUAUGGGACAUCACUCUCUCCCUCCUUCCCCCAGACAGAGGCAUUUUGCCCACACCCCUCCUUGGACUCCCUUAGUGGUGAACACCAUGACCCCUCCAGGGACGCCACAGGUCAGGCGCAGGAAUAAGCUGAAGGCCCCUGGAACCCCGCCGCCUGCCAGCCGGAAGCUCAUCCACCUUCUGCCAGGGUUCACAGCUCUGCACCGCAGCAAAUCCCACGAGUUCCAGCUGGGGAACAGAAUAGAUGACGCACAGACACCCAAAGCAAAAAAGAAGAACAAGCCGUUGAACCUGAAGAUCCACAGCAGUGUGGCUGGAAGCUGUGAAAACCUGCCGACCCAGCGCUCUCCUCUCCACUCCGAUCACUCACUCCGCUCCUUCUUUUUCCCCAAUUUUGUCCCUUCGACACCACCGGUGCACUCCGACACCCCCUCAGCAAAUACUCUGUCUGUUCCUUGCUGGUCUCCUCAAAUACCUCGCAGAGACCUUGGCAACUCCAUAAAACACAGGUUUUCCACAAAGUAUUGGAUGUCGCAGACAUGUAUCGUGUGCGGGAAAGGAAUGCUGUUCGGCUUAAAAUGCAAAAACUGCAAAUUGAAGUGCCACAACAAAUGCACCAAAGAAGCACCGCCCUGUCAUUUACUCAUAUACCACAGAGGAGGUAGGGACUCAUUCAGAGAUCAAGGAACAUCUCAAGGUAAGGAAGCAGCUCGUCAGCUCGUCAGGACCGAGUCAGUACCAUGUGACAUAAACAACCCCCUCAGGUACUCAGACCUCCACAUUAGCCAGACUCUCCCCAAGACCAACAAAAUCAACAAGGACCACAUCCCUGUGCCGUAUCAGCCCGACUCCAGCAGUAACCCCUCCUCAACCACUUCCUCCACCCCGUCGUCUCCUGCACCCCCUCUGCCGCCCAGCGCGACGCCCCCAUCUCCUCUGCACCCUUCCCCACAGAGCGCCAGACAGCAGAAACAGUCCAACCUUACAGCAUCUCAUUUCUACAAAUUCAAGCAGCAGUUCAUCUUCCCUGAUGUGGCCCCUGAGGCUCCCACCAGGGCCCCUCAAGUCAUUCUACACCCUGUUCUGUCUGAACCUGGUACCAAAGGGAGUCCCUUGCUACAAAUUGAGGUUGAGCCAACAUCUGAUAACGAGGAAGGCAAUGAUGAGGCCGAGGGUUCAGCAGACGAGUUCGAGGAGAUGAAUCUCUCCCUCCUGUGUGCACGGAACUUCCCACGUAAGGCAAGCCAGACCAGCAUCUUCCUGCAGGAGUGGGACAUUCCCAUGGAGCAGCUGGAGAUCGGAGAGCUGAUCGGGAAAGGUCGCUUUGGACAGGUCUACCACGGACGCUGGCACGGAGAAGUGGCCAUACGGCUAAUCGACAUUGAAAGAGACAAUGAAGAACAGCUGAAAGCGUUUAAAAGAGAGGUGAUGGCGUACAGGAACACACGGCAUGAAAACGUGGUCCUGUUCAUGGGAGCAUGUAUGAGACCCCCUCAUCUGGCCAUCAUCACCACUUUGUGUAAGGGCAGGACCCUCUACUCAGUGAUUCGAGAUGCAAAAGUCGUUCUCGACGUAAACAAGACUAGACAAAUCGCACAAGAGAUGGUGAAGGGCAUGGGCUACCUACAUGCCAAAGGGAUCCUUCACAAAGAUAUGAAAUCCAAGAAUGUAUUUUAUGACAAUGGGAAAGUGGUCAUCACCGACUUUGGCCUGUUCACAAUAUCUGGUGUUCUACAAGCAGGCAGUAGGAGAAAGGAUAAGCUGCGGAUCCCAAGUGGCUGGCUAUGUCAUCUCGCUCCUGAGCUCAUCCGUCAGCUCUCCCCAGACACCGCAGAAAACCAGCUUCCUUUCUCCAAACAGUCUGACGUCUUUGCCUUUGGCACUAUCUGGUACGAGCUCCAUGCGCGCGAGUGGCCCUUUAAGAAUCAGCCAGCUGAAGUCAUUAUCUGGCAGGUGGGAAGUGGAAUGAAGCCCAUCCUCACUCAGAUCGGCAUGGGCAAAGAGAUAUCCGACAUCCUGCUGUUCUGUUGGGCGUAUGAACAGGAAGAGCGACCCAGCUUCUCCAAGCUCGUGGAACUACUGGAGAAACUCCCGAAACGCAACCGUCGCCUGUCUCACCCAGUACACUUCUGGAAAUCAGCUGAGGCUACGAGGACGUGUCGGGACAGUGUUUUUACACUGGGAAUGAUGGGAAAUCGUGAGAAGAUGGGGUCUUGUUAACAACCAUUAUUAGCAGCUUCCAUAUCAGGCCUAUUUAACAGGCUGUAGAUUUUGCUUAAUAAUCUGUUGGUGUAAUUAAUAUUCCAAUCACUCAAUCCGACCUCAUUGUCAUGUAUUAUAUUUCUGCUCCAUUAUGAAUGUAUGAAUUGUUCUGUGUGUAUGUGUGUGUGCAUUGUUGUUAGCAUUGUUUUCCUUUUCUUUUUUUCUUCCUAUCCAUCCAUGCAUUUCCUCGGUGGUCGUUGAUUAUUUAUCAACACUUCUCCAUCACUCUGGUUUACGUUUCUUUUCUGAUAUUGUGUACGCGUCUUCGCAGAUUUCUUUGAUGGCCUCCAUGUCAUGAUUGAGUUUUUGUAUUAUGUAUUUGUUGUAAGUAUAUAUAAAGCUUGUAUUUACUGAUGCCUUAUGGUCCAUGGCUUAGCGACUGGUACACAUCACAAGCUCUUUCUUUGCACUCAUCCUUUAUGAAAAUAUAUGAAAAUAAAAAGGUGUUG